AUGACUCAACCGGGGCUUGAAUCAAAGACCUCCCGCAUUGGAAGCAAACGCUCUACCACAGACUACCAGUCGAAAAUCAUAUUGAUGGCAGGUAGCUCUUCCACCGUGCCUGCCGUAGUAACGACAGAAGAAGAGAACUUCUUCCGAAUUCAGCGCCUACUAGAUGAAAGUAACAAAACAUUGAAACGUUAUCUGGCAAAAUAUUUUACAGUAGACGAUCCUAGUCAAUUUUAUAAGGAGCUUAAGACAAUUAAAUCACAAUUAAAGUUAUGCAAUCCGCAAAAGAUAAUAUUAUUUCCAGGAAAUAAAGAAACUAAAAUAGAACAAUGCGACAUUACAUUGAUAUUGGCUUUGUUAAAGAGCUCAAAGUGUACACCAACUCCAACUGAUCUCGCUGACAUAUUACGCAAACCAACAGCACAAUUUCAAAAUGAAUGGACAAACUUAACUUCUGUACUGGAGAGAUUAGGAGCAGAUCCUCAUGUCAUUAAAAUUUUAAAAACCCAAACACUGGAUUCGAGUGCUUAUAAAAAAAUCGCUGACUUGAAAGGUAAACGUAACAAUGUUUGGUACCAAGUUCCAAUGCCUAUUAAAGAGUUUCACGCGAGAGUUAACGAAAUAGAUAAUAUUCAUUCGGCGUUGUUAGAUACUACCAAAAGAGGAUGUGUCAUUUCGAAUCAUGGGGGAGUGGGAAAAACGCAAUUGGCCAUCAAAUACUGUUCUCAUUAUAGAAAUGACUACAAUGGCAACGUUAUUUGGAUAAACAGUGACUCUCGAACUAAUAUUGAGUCUUCGUUUCAAUCCGUUGCUGAUUAUAUAGACUUAAUACCUAGUACUGCGCAUGAUGCGAAGAAUAUCGCUUCUAGAGUGUACGAUUUUUUUGCUGACCGACCAUGUUUGUUUGUUUUUGACGAUGCUAACGACGUUAAACUGUUGAAUGAAUAUCUGCCAAAACUACCACCCAGUUUGCAUGAACCGGUAAUGUUAUUGACAAUUCAAAGUUCUGAAUGGGGGAGUCAGUUUGUUAUUGUUCCCUUACAUCCAUUUACAGAUGCGGAGGCCAAAGAUUUUGUUACCAGUUUUUUAGAUUUACCUGCAUUAAGAGUAGAGGAUGUCAAAUUUCUUUGCAAGGAGUUAGGGAACCUCCCCUUGGCUUUACACCAAGCCGUUUGUUACAUUAAAAAGCAUGCAAUUUUUCUCAAAAUGUACAAUAAGAUGUUGCAAGAGGGGAAAUAUCACAUACUGCAAGAGGAGGUACCAGGUGGCCUCUAUACGAAAACUUGUCUCAAAACGUUUGAUCUUGCGAGGGAAAAACUUAAUGACAAUGGUGACAACAAUGCUAUCAAACUUCUUAAUUUAAUGUCAUAUAUGGAUGGUAAGCACAUCAACAGGUCCUUCUUAGAAUCGUCUUUUUCAGAUCUAGAUACGCUGUGUUCAGCAUUAAAAGUGUUAUCAGAAUAUUCUUUAAUAACAUACGAAGGAGAUACGGUACUAAUGCACACGUUAGUUCAGCUUGUUGUCCGAAUAACGACCUCACAGAAUAUGGCCUUUGUCCAGAAAGUUAUCAAUUGGUUUUGCCCUUCGAAAUCGUACUAUGGAAUGCUGCUAGAUUUAAUACUCAAAUGCGUACACACCAAAGAUGACUGGGUCAAAAGCAACUUAGGAGACACCUCAUGGGUUGCGCAUGUUAUUACUCUCUGUACAAGAUGUGAAGAAAGAAAUACUUCAUCUAAAGACAGAAAGUAUGUGUCUGAUUUUAUCUUGAAAAACGAUUUGAUCGCGCCGAUGUGUGAUGUGUACGAAAGCAAAUGCCAAUACAACACUGGCUACUCUGAUUUCAAUACUAUGUUUGAGAAUUUUAGUCAAAUAUACGGAUGUGAAUCUAGCAGGUUGUUUAACCUCCAAAAUUGCAAAGCUACUUUACUGACUAAGGUCGGUAGAAAGAAAGAAGCGUUAGAUAUAUUUGACAAAUUGGUAACAGGCUAUACAAAACAACUUGGAGCAGAUCAUGUUUACACCCUUAAUAUGAAAAUAAAUAAAUUGUCAUCGUUGAUUGAUUGUGGACACUAUAAACAUGCUGAAAGAGAGAUAAAAAGUAUGAGUGAAAUAAAAUCAUUUCCAAAACUAAGAGAGCCAGAGCAAAUAAGCUUUUUAGAGCACAAGGCUACGCUGUCGUUUUUACAAGGACACUCUAAAAAAGCUUUGGAUUUGUUUGACAAAUGUGAAGAGGAUUUGCUAUCUGUGUUUGGAGAAGGGGCUUCGCGGCGACUGUACACAAUUCAGUACAGCAAAGCUAACUGCCUCUUUCAAAUGGGUGAAUAUGAAAAGUCUAAGAGGAUGUUUGAAGAUGCACAAACUAAAGCAUUGGAAUUAAAUACAGAUGAAAAACUUGAGAAAGUUUGCAUUGCAAAAAGAAGUAUAGCAAAGUGUUUGUUGCACCUAAACAGAACCGAUGAAGCUUUGGAAAUUCUAGAUGACGUUUUACAAGGACUUCUUGAGCAAUUCGAUAAGUUUAACACUGAGUAUUUAUCAGCAGAAUAUUUUAAAGUAAUUGGUUUAUUCGAUAAAAAUGAUUUUAACAGUGCAAAAGAACUUGUUGAAGAAAACAUCAGGAAAAGGAGUGAAAUGAUCGGAAAAGAUCACCAAUACGUGUUGUUGUCGAAGGUACAACUCGCUCGUUGUCUAAUGGAUGAAUUGCAGUUACAGAUGGCGAGAGAUGAAUUGCUAAUUAUUGAAGAGCAACAGAAGAAAGAACUAUACAUAUUACAUCCGGAUGUGUUGGAAACUGAAUUUUAUCUUGGGAUUUGCUAUUCAAAGUUGGACGACACAAACAAAGCUUCUAUGAUCUUCCAUAGCGUUUAUGAGGGACAAAAGAAAAUGCUUGGUGUCAACCAUCCUAGUACAAAUAAAACGGAAAAAGUACUAAAAGAUUAUUUAUAA